AUGUCGGCUCAGAUGGGCCCUGUGGACUCUUCAGUCCAGGUUGUCAAGCCAAUACUGGGGUUUGUCCUGGCUGAACUGAUCAUCAAUUGCUUCAUCGUGUUAUUAGUCCUCCUUGUUGUUGGACUACGAGUUGUUGGACGACUAGCAGGGCCUGGUCUUGGGUGGGACGAUGGUUUUGUCAUCUUCGCAACGCCGCUUGGUGUAGCAAUGCUUUGUUGUCAAGGACUCUUUGCGCCUGCUGGAAACGGAUACCCCCUUCCAACGAACCUAGAACUCGCCGCAAACAUUCCGUUCAUCCUCAAGUUGACAUUCUGUAUGCAAAUCAUCUAUGUCACUCUCCUCGCCGCAGUCAAAGCAAGCAUGCUUUCCUUCUUCAUUCGCGUCUUUCCUACUCCCUUCAUGCAAAAGGCUUCCAAGGCUGCUCUCGGCUUUGUUGGCCUGUGGACCAUCGCCUUCCUCGGAGCUUGUAUUUUCCUGUGUUCGCCAGUUCAGAAUCAGUGGGAGAACCCAUUGCAAUGCAAAGGACAAUAUAUGCCCAUGAUCCAGUCCUUAAUUGCCACCAACGCUGUUGGUGAUUUGAUCAUUAUGGCCCUUCCCAUGCACAGUGUUUGGGGCCUCAAGACAAGACGUGCUGAGAAGAUCGGUAUCACCUCUUGUUUCGCUCUCGGUCUAGCAUGUGUCGUAUGCGCCGUCUUCCGACUUAUCUACAUCUCGACCGUCGAUCUCAACGCCAACAUCACAGGCACCAUGGCUACCACCGUCUUCCUCUUUAUCCUCGAACCCAACCUGGCCAUCCUUUGUGUCAGUAUUCCCAUGCUGCGACCUUUCUACGCCAAGUACAAGAAGCGAAUGGGCGGAUCCCGACUCGACGAAUAUUCCAACUCGAGGAGCACCGGAUUCCGAGACAUGAGCCGAACAGGUGCCAGCAGCGCUGCCCCCGAGGCCGUUCGCGACCCCAAUCUAUCGACCUGGGAGAUGGACGACUACCGCCCGCAAGACAAGAUCCGGCAUGGAUAUAGCGUCUCGGGAUUCCCCGAUGAGUCAGGAUCCGAGAAGAACCUGACUGUUGGUUCGUCAGAGGCUCCCAAGGGCGAGAUCAGCGUCGAGACUAAGUGGACGGUUACACACUCUACUCGCAAAUAA